AGUCCAGGUAGGUUUGUACGAGUACUGGCAUCAUGAUCCAACUAUGUACGCAUCAGGAAGGCCGUUACAGGCUGUAUCGUUUACAGGCAAGACUUCUUCUCAAGCCACUCAUUGCCGUCCACGUUCCCGUUCCAACCUUAGAAUCUACUGCUUCGCUACAAGUGUCCCAACAUACACGUCGUGACUCUCUGCACCCAUCCUGCUGACACCUCCCUUGUCUUUCGCCUUACUCAGAAAUGGUCUUCCGCAGUGGCCCCGUUGCUCCAGGUGUCGCAUUUGUCACAGGCGGUGCGCGAGGGCUGGGAAAUGCCAUCGGAGUGUCAUUUGCCAAAGAAGGUGCCAGAGGAGUAUGUCUGGUCGACAUCCUAGACGAGGCUGCCUUUGAAGAAGGCAAAGAGAACGUUGAAAAGUACGGCACAAAGGUGUUAUGUAUCCGGGCGGACGUGACCAAGGAAGCAGACGUUGAAAGAGCGGUCGGAGAGGCGGUCAAGGAGUUUGGACGGAUUGAUUAUGCAGCCAACUUCGCGGGCAUCAUCGGUCCCCUCGAUGUGACAUGGGACACUGACACCGAGGAAUGGAGACGCGUCAUCGAAGUCAACACAGUUGGCGUCUGGCUCUGCAAUAAGUACGAGCUGAGACAGAUGAUGAAGCAGGAAUCGAUCGAAGUUGAAGAAGGCCGACCUCCUCAACGCGGCUCGAUUGUCAACUGCGCGUCCGUCAACUCGAUCCAAGCCGGAGCCGGGACCACGGGCUACACGGCAUCGAAACAUGCCGUUCUAGGACUCACAAAAGCUGCUAGCCUCGAAGCCCGCUCGCACGAUAUCCGCAUCAACGCUGUCUCUCCGGGCUUCUUGCUAACCAAAUUGCUUGACCCACUCGUAGAGCAGGGCGAUAGCGGAAUGGCAACCUGGGGGCAGUACGAGGCUCGGCAGGGUCGAAAGGCUGCAUUCGAUGAGGUCGGUGACGUUGUUGUGCUGCUGAGUACGCCGAGGAUGAGUCUUGUCGUGGGCCACAACUUGGUCAUUGAUGGGGGUUUCACGAUAAACGAGAAUACAACUUAGUUGAAACAGACCAGGCACACGAGAAAGACUGAGUGAGACUGCGAAAGUGCGCAAGGUGAGCCAAAGGUCUACAUGUAUGUAUACAU